AUGGCUCCUGUUGCCAAGAAAAGAUCCGAGGAUACAACUCUGGACAUCCCCAACAAGCUGCGAAAGUUAGUUGUGGAGAAAGUCCGAAGAGAGCGGAUUAACAACAGCAUCGAGCAGCUCAAGGCUCUGUUGAGUCUGGAAGAGUACGAGCCCAGCGGGAGGUCCCAGGCCCAGGCCCAGCUCCAGCCCAGACUGGAGAAGGCAGACGUCCUGGAGAUGGCUGUGUGCUUCCUGAGACAGAGAGCCAUUGCGUCCGCGGUGCCCAGUUACUCUCAGGGCUUCUCUCAGUGCCUGCAGGAGACGCUCCGGCACCUGUCGCUGCACGCCCCGCUGCAACACGCAGAGAGAGAGGAGAUAAAACGCUUUUACGUGGUGCAGAGAGCCGCGCUGCACAGGCACAUCGCAGACGAGCACAGCACCAGUAAACGGCCGCUGUGGAGGCCGUGGUGA